AUGUCACUGACAGUCCAACAAAUAAUUUGCGACGCUAAAAAAUUAGUCGGUAGAAUAUCAGACCAUGAAAACACAGCUGACAAUUUAAUAACAGAAAUUCAGAGUGUGUGUAAUCAAAUUGACAACAUGAAGCAGUACCAAGAGGAAAUUGAGGUGCUGAAUAAUGAAGCUAAGCAGCAGCCUAGAGACGCUUUGAUUGCGGGGAUCCAGCAGGAGACUAAGCACCUCCGAGAGCUCCAGGCGGAGAACAAAGAGCUCAGGAAUGCUUUGGAGGAACAUCAGAAUACUAUUGAGCUGAUUAUGUCUAAAUAUCGCCAGCAUACUGCGUCUCUGAUUAAAUCUAAUAAAAUUAACUUGUCUUCUAUUUAUAAUGCGAGAUACGCUAAUAUAAUUACCAACCAGGCUGAGAAAAUAAAUGAGAUGGCUGCAGUAAUGCGAGUAGCGGCUAAUCUAGACGAAGAAUGUGAGCUCAAGUACAAAGAAAAUCUUUCUAAAUUAAAAGCAGAGAAUAAUGUACUUCGCGAAUUAGUUAACAUUGCUAACAGUUACGGUUCUUUGGACAGCAGUAGUACGACUGCCAGCACAGUAAUUCAGGACAAUAAAACUGUCCAGACUGAUACUAAUGAUAAUAAGGAGGUGUAA